CUUCAUACGUCUGUGUCAAGAUGAGCUGGGUUCACAAGACUAACCAAUCAAUCGCCAAAUCGGCCUUUGGCAGGUAUUUCCGAUUGGAGGGAUCUGGUCAUCUUUCUUACAGCNACCGUUCGCGUGAUGGAUCUUUCUUCUUCACCGAGGUCCGCGCUGGUCUCGCGACUUUCUUCGCCAUGGCAUACAUCAUCGCCGUAAACUCCUCCGUCGUUUCAGACACUGGUGGUACCUGUGUCUGCCCUCCUACCAGCCUCGACGCCUGUGCUACCGAUGUUGCAUACAACCUAUGCAAGCAAGAAAUUCGUCGCGACCUUGUCACCGCAACUGCCGCCAUCUCUGCCUUGACUUCCUUCUGCAUGGGCUUGUUCGCGAACCUGCCUCUGGGUCUGGCACCUGGUAUGGGCAUCAACGCAUACUUCACCUACACAGUCGUAGGCUUCAACGGCACUGGUCUUGUUCCCUACAGAAUCGCACUUACCGCUGUCUUCGUGGAAGGCCUUCUUNUCGUCGCUCUUACACUCCUCGGUAUUCGUCAAUGGCUUGCUCGUGCCAUUCCGACUUCGAUCAAGUUGGCUACUGGUGUCGGUAUUGGUCUUUACCUUACCAUCAUUGGUUUCUCGUACAGUGCGGGCGUUGGUCUUAUUACUGGCGCGUCCAGCACACCUCUUGAAAUUGCUGGUUGUUCUCAACAGUACCUGACAGUGAAUGACGGCUUGAUGUGCGACCCCAGCCACAAGAUGAGAUCUCCCACCAUGUGGAUUGGUAUCUUCCUUGGCGGCUUCUUGACUGUUUUCCUCAUGAUGUUCCGCGUCAAGGGCGCAAUUAUCGCCGGUAUCUUGCUCGUCUCGAUCAUUUCCUGGCCCCGUGGCACCGAUGUGACCUACUUCCCCCACACCGAGCUGGGUGACAGCAGUUUCGACUUCUUCAAGAACGUUGUAACUUUUCGUCCCAUCAAGAACAUUCUAGCUGCUCAGGAGUGGGAUGUCAGCUCCCACGGUGGUCAAUUCGGUCUCGCUCUGAUUACCUUCCUCUAUGUUGAUAUUCUCGACUGUACUGGUACUCUCUACGCCAUGGCUCGCUUUGCUGGAGUCAUGGACGAGAAGACUCAGGACUUCGAGGGCAGUGCUACCGCCUACUUGGUUGACGCUGUCGGUAUCUCAAUUGGCUCUCUAUUUGGUACAUCUCCCGUCACUGCAUUCAUCGAGUCUGGUGCUGGUAUUUCUGAGGGUGGCAAGACCGGAAUUGCAGCUAUGGUGACUGGUUUCUGCUUCUUUAUCUCUGUCUUCUUUGCCCCGAUCUUUGCUUCUAUUCCUCCCUGGGCUACUGGAGGCACACUUAUCAUUAUUGGUUCUCUGAUGGCCAAGUCUGCUGCCGACAUCAACUGGCGCUACAUGGGCGACGCCAUUCCAGCCUUCCUCACCAUCGCCACCAUGCCAUUCACCUACUCGAUUGCUUACGGUCUGAUCGCUGGUAUCAUGUCCUACAUUCUCAUCAACACCACCGUCUACAUGAUUGAGAAGGCUUCCGGAGGCAAGUUUGUUCCCCAAGACAAGCAGUUCAAGGAGCCUUGGACCUGGAGACUCGAUGGCGGUCUCUUCCCUCCAUGGGUUGUCCGCGCUGCAAAGGGAAAGAGAGACUUCUGGAAGCCAUACGAAAUGGUGGAUCACGCAAACAGUGAGCAGGAAUCUGUUACCGAGGUGCCUAGCUCAGGUGCCGCCAAGGGUCUUGGUCCUGAUGAGGGAAGCAGUGCCAGCAGCAAGGUGCGUCGUCGUUCCGUCCAGCAUGAACUG